AUGCAGAAUACUGUUGCAAGACAGAAUCGACACGCCAUUGGUUCUUGGUAUCAGAGAGUAUCUACUGGAAUUGCUAGCUGUGUCGCUUCUAUUGGUCACACCAAUGAAGUAGUUACUUUGCGUAUCAGCAAGGCCCGUCUUGCUUUCCAGAGACACAACUAUCCAUGGAGACGGCAGGAUAUCAGCUUGUCAGUGAAAGCUGGCUUUCAUCUUACCCCAAUGUUUUGCUCUGUUCGUGGUCUGCUCCACACCGUCAGCGCUACCAUCGUGCUUCCUUGCCGUUCCUACAAGUCUGUGAUUAGCACUUCUCUGCCACCUAACCCAAGCGGUCGUGAGGCAGGAGCUCUCCGUCUUUUGCUGACACUGGAACGGGUUCAGCUGGAUCUUUCUUCGCUCCAGAAUGCAAUCAGAAAAGAGUUCUUUGCCGAAGUAGACGGAAAUAUCGCCGUUGUUGAUUCUAAUCUGUUGAAAAAGAUUAUGAGAAGAUUCAAACUAUCAAUUGCUGUGGCUGACAAAAGCGCUGGUCCACCUCUGUUUGUGCUCACAUCAGAGUUCGUGAAGCAACCACAGGUUGCAGGAAAAUAUGCUGCGAAUCUCGGCAAGAAUGAGAAAAGCAAAUUGAUUCGCAUUGGCACCAACAUCGACGACCACAUGCUCUCCGUUCGCGUGAAACAAGCUGAGGCACUGAUUCGAAGCGGAUGUGUGGUGUUUAUUGUUCUCAAAUUCGCUAAGAAUAAUUCAGCACGCUUCUCACCCACGACAUUGUGUGACGGGAAAAAGGUGCCUUCCAAAGAGGAUUCUACGAGCGAGCCCCGUACAAUCGACAUUAACAGAUUCAUUUCCGCAUUCGAUGCAAUACCAGGCGCAUCUGUUCGCCGUUUGGAUGCCUCCCAAGGUGCCGAAGUCACUCUUUUACUACGGCCUCUUACAGAACCAAAUUCCAAUGGACGUACGCAGCUGUGAAUUAUUUCUAGAUGUGUUUGUGCACACGUACAACAAGUCAAUCUGUUCUCUUGUUAUGUACAGCUGUGAUAACUUUGAAACACCUUUGUUUUCAUCCUUUUCCUGAUGAUGUCAAAACGGUUGGCGGCGGCCAAACAUAUCGUCUUCCUGCCUUCUGAAUGCGCCCUAUUUCCCUAUCACUGUUGUAUGAU